CGUUCCUGGUGGCCUGGAAUGUGCCCACCCAGGACUGCAAGCCCCGCUUCCAGGUGUCCCUCGACUUCAGCCUCUUCGACCUGCAGGCCUCCCCCAACGAGGGCUUCGUGGGGCAGAACCUCACCAUCUUCUACAAGGAGCGCCUGGGCCUCUACCCCUACUACACCGGCCAGCGUGUGGCCGUCAACGGGUCCCGCGAGGAGGUGAACAAGCAGGCGGUGUUUGAGUUUGAGUCGGCCGCCCGGCAGUUCAUGGUGAGCACCCUGCGCAUGGCCAAGAGCUUCCGACCCAAACAACUCUGGGGGUUCUACCUCUUCCCCGACUGUUACAACCAUGACUACAGCAAGAACAAGGAGAGCUACACCGGGCAGUGCCCGGACGUGGAGAAGACGCGCAAUGACCAGCUGGCAUGGCUCUGGAGGGAGAGCAUGGCCCUCUACCCCUCCAUCUACCUUGACCUGCUCCUGGCCUCCACCCCCAACAGCCGCAAGUUUGUGCGGGCACGGGUGAUGGAGGCUAUGCGCAUCUCGCAGCAGCACCACGAUGGCUACUCCUUGCCCGUCUUCGUCUAUACACGGCCCACCUACAUCCGCAAGCUGGACGUGCUCAGCCAGCCGGACCUGAUCUCCACCAUCGGAGAGAGCGCGGCGCUGGGUGCAGCUGGGGCCAUUUUCUGGGGUGAUGCGGACUACACCAAAAACCGGGACUCUUGUCAGAUCAUAAAGAACUACCUGGAGGGGGACCUAGGCCGCUACAUCGUGAACGUCACGACGGCAGCGCAGCUUUGCAGCACGGCACUGUGCCAGGGACGGGGCCGCUGCCUGCGCCGGGACAGCACCGCUGAUGUCUUCCUCCACCUCAACUCCACCAGCUUCCAGCUGCGGCGCCGGGAUGGAGACCACCCCCAGCGCCCCCUCUUCUGGCCCGAGGGCCAGCUGUCCUCUGCUGACACCCUCUUCCUACGGACCCAUUUUCGUUGCCACUGCUACCAGGGCUGGCAGGGCAGUGGCUG